AUGGACGGCGGCCCUCCUCCUCCACCGCCUCCGCAUGGCGCCAAUCCAAAGACGACGGGAGGUAGCCAUGCCCCGCCCAACAGCGGCGGCACCGGCGGCUUGCCCCCGGGCAACUACGACAUCUUCAUCAUACCACCACACACUGCAGGCGGCGGCUUCAUCUACCUCCCCAGCAUGGGAGUACAGCGGAACAGCUUCAUGGCUGGUGUCGCUAGCACCAUAGCAGCCAUAGCCAUCUGGAAGAUAAUCGAGCCCCAAAUGAAGCAAUACUUCAUGCUCGUCAGCCAGGGUGUGUCGUCAGGCGGCAAUGGUGUCAUACUGCUGGUGGUCGUGGUUGCAAUCGCUGCUUGGCUAUUGGGCCAGACACAGAGUGGGGGGAGAUUCAGCAGUGGCGCAUCGGGCAACGGGCCACACGGGGCCGGUGCUGGAGCUGGAGCUGGAGCUGGAGCUUCAGCGCAAGGGGCAGGCUACCAACGUGCACCUCCACCGCCUCCAGGAAAUGGCACCUUUCCGGGCGCUGGAGCCCCUCCGCCUCAGGGCGCCCAUGGUGGAUGGGGGGGCUACAACCAGUACGGCGCCUCGUCACCGCCUCCGCAAGACGAGGACUUCUCGUGGAAAGAAGAGGAGGAACGUGCCGAGGAGGAACGCAAGCAGGCUGAAGAGAAGCAGCGACAAGAAGAAGAGAAGAAGCAACAGGAAGAAGAGAAGAAGCGACAGGAAGAGGAGAGAAAGAAGCGAGAAGAAAAGAAACGCCAGGAGGAGGAGAAGAGACAACGAGAGGAAGAGGAACGCAAGAAGGCUGAAGCCGAGUCCAAGAGGCGUGAGGAAGAGAAACAACGGCGAGCCGAGGAGGAGCGCCGCAUCGAGCUGGAACGCAAGAAGGCUGAAGACGCCAAACGCCAAGCUGAAGAAGAGCGACGGCGAGCCGAAGAGGCAAAGAAGCAGGAAGAGGAGCGGCGGCGGGCCGAGGAGGAGAAAAGGCUCCGGGAGGAGGAAGAGAAGAAGAAACGCGACGAGGAGGAACGAAAGCGUGCUUGGGACGAGCUCAAGCGUGCCGAAGAAGCUCGCCAGAAGCGAGAGGCUGAAGAGAAAGAGAGAGAAGAGGCCGCCAAACAGGCUCGCGCCAAAGCCGAGAAGGAGAAGUGGGAGCAAAUGCGAAAACGAGAGCGAGAACAGCGAGAACGAGAGGCUCGAGAACGGCUUGCCAAAGAAAAAGCCCGCAAGCAACAAGAAGCCCUCGAGAAGGAGCAAGCUGAACGGGAAGCUCGCGAGGCCGAAGCCAGGGCCAAGAUCGAGAAGGAGAUCCGUGAGAAGCUUGAAGCUGAGCAGAAAGCCAGGGCCGCCGAAGAGGCGGAGCGACGGGCAGCAGCUGAGAAACUUGCCGCUGAAAAGGCAAAAGCCAUGGCCGAAGCAGCAGCAGCAAAAGCCAAAGCCGAAGCCCAAGCCGAAGCUGCUGCAGCCGCUGCAAAAGCAGAAGCAGAUGCUGCCGCCGCAAAAGCCAAAGCAGACGCUGAACGUUCCGAACGCCUCAAGGCAGCUCGUGAACGCGCGCAAAAGGAACGCGAAGCUCGUCUCAAAGCCGAAGCCGAGAAGAUCAAGGCUGAGGCUGCCGCUGCUGCUGUCCCAGACAUCACCGCCACUCGACGAUCGACUACGUAUGGCGGCGUUGGUGGAGGCGAACGCCUGGACCCAUAUGCUGGCAUCAGGAUUUCCAGUCCAUCGCCCUCCGUCACUUCGACGCAUUCUUCCCCGAUCAAGGCAACCGUUGUCCCGAAGAAACCCUACGAACAGCCAUCAGCAAAGUCAUACGUCCCGUCCGAAGACGCGCGCAGCUUCCAACCCCCACGCUCCACAGCCACGCGCUCGCACGUGUCCUCGCAGUAUUCUGAAUCGAGCUAUGCGCCGUCGCAAUCGACGAGUCGGACGACGCCUCCUGCGAGCAUGCGAGGCCCGUAUGCGACGACAGAUCCCAACAAGAUCGUCAUCAAGGCAGUGUAUUUGUUCAACGACCUGUUCCCGAAGCCCGUUGCACAGCUCGUUGCCAGCGUGGGUAAAGUGACGGAUGGCCUGAUUCUCAAGAUCCAGUCAGAGGGUCUGUUCAUCGACGACGACGUGCGCAGUAUUCCGCAGCGAGAGUGGGAUGUCAAGGCUUGGACGCUGAAGAUGGUCGAGACUGGUGUCCAGACCUCCAAACGCCUGCACAUUCUGCGCGCCUCGGUCCGCGACACCGACGGCAAGAAAUACGUCUUUCUCAUCGACGAGUCCGAGAGCUGGAAAUUGGCUAUUGGCCUGCAGCGUCUACGCAAAGGUAGCCAGGUCCGCAGCUUGCAGAACAGCCAGAUGGCGCCGAACGAAGUGGCCAGAGUGCUGAAUGCCGUGCCGCCGAUUGCUUUGUAA